AUGCUGCCCCUGACAUACACACAGUCUCUUCUCACAAACACACUCUUUCUCACACACUGUCACACACUCUUUCUCACACACUGUCACACACUCUUUCUCACACACUGUCACACACUCUCUCACGGCUGAAAUCACAGCUGUCCGUUGCUCUAGCCAAACACAGGAACAGGGACAGGAACAGAGUGACUGGGCUUUAGCCUGGCCGAUGGGGAAGUUUCCCUCACUGGGCAGUGAACAGACUGAGGACACACUGGGACUACUAUACUGGACUACUGCACCACUACCACCCUCAUGAGGAAUGAAGUGACAGGAGAGAACAGACAGCAGGACAGAGGUUGGUUCCACUUCACUCUGCCGUCUGUACCCACAGCCUGUAGCUGAGGCUAGUAGGUCACUGACAUGAGAAGACAGAGAGCAGCAUCUCACUCGUUCAGACAGAUACUGCUGCUGUAGGUAUAUCUAUAUGAUAUGGGUAACAGGCUAUCCCAUGAAGACAUCUCCCCUGCUGAGCUGGAUGCACUAUGGAGGGAACCACCGUACACGCUAGCGGGAACCAAUGGGCACUUCACAGGAAAUGAUGUUAGGAAUCGAGGGGAGGAGGAGGGUCCGGGGGUGGAGUCUGGGGAAGGGGAGGCGGAGCUGGACAGUUACUGGACGAGGAAGGAGGCGUUCACCAGAGGAAGCACCGUGUCACUGGCUGUGGGAGAGAGGUUCUCCUCAGACGUGGUUCUAGUGUUCAGCGGUCGGCGGUGCUCAGGUGUAAUACCUGACUCUGAACUACAGGAGGCGCUCCGUACAAGACUCAGGGUCGUCGAGAGCAACAGUCAGGACGUCAUUCAGCUCUUCAAGGACCUGUCUGCCCGUCUGCUGUCUGUCCACGCUGAGAAGGACAGCUUUGUCAUCACCUUCAAGACUGUAGAGGAGAUCUGGAAGUUCUCUACCUACCUGGCUCUGGGCUAUGUGGCGCGGUGCCUGGAGAAUUUCCUCUGUGACCAGUCGUUCUGGCUGGACACUGAGCUGCUGAGGGACUUGGAGAUCACUGUGACUGUAGACGAGGAACACCUGGCAACACUCUACCUGGGACUGCUGCUGCAGGAGGGUUCGUUCUUCGCCAAGGCGCUGGUGAGCAGUGGUGAGCAUAGUGAUGAGGAAGAGGAGUUGUGUUUCAGACGUAACGAUUUGCUGAUGGUUAGAGACACGGGGCAGGACAGUCACUGGGAGGGCACCCUUCUCUCCACCGGACAACACGGACUAGUGCCUGUCAACACCAUGCAGCCGCUGCCAUAUCCCUUCUACCAGUGGUUUCUGAGGAAGUACUCUGACUGUGCCGGAUGCUCCCCUUCAGAAAGAGGACAAUUUGACCACCCUAUAGUAACCGGAUCCUGUGAGGUUGUAGUGGACCACAACCCAGUAGGAUCUGAUGAGCUCCAGCUGAGUCGAGGUGACCUGAUUGAGAUACAGGGGAUGCUACUCCGAGGUCUGGACCUGUUCAUAGGAACACACUGCUCUACAGGAAACACCGGCUUCGUACACAAGGCUCACGUCAAGCCACUCAACGCCAAACCCCCAGACAGACAACUGGUGUUUCUGAGUGAGGAGGAACGUGCGUCAAUGGCCCAGAUUAACCCCUGCAGUAGUGAACCCAGAGACAGCGGCCUCCUAGAGAGACUCUUCUCCUCUGACAUCAGUACUGUCUACAGACUAGAUAGACUGGAUCAGUCUGACUUUACGUACAUCAGAAACCAACCAAAACAAGAGCAUAAGCCCCCCGUCAGCGCCCGGCAGUCCAUCAUCUCAGAGAAGAGUGACGCUACACCCCCCUACCACUCCUCCCCCCGCCCCUCUCUCUCUCACUCCUCGCCCCGCCCCUCCUUCUACGCCUCCCAGAAUGCUUUGGGGCGUGGCGGUGACGGGGAGUUGCUGUCCUUCAGUCUGGACGACACCUUCAGAGAGAUGAAUGAGUUCCAGGAAGACCCACCCCUUUUCCUGGAGGAGGGGAGCUGGGAAGGGGUGGAGUCAGAGGUCUGUGACCCAACCCUGACUCUGCUCAACAUGCCUCACUUCCAGGAGGACUUCCUGCCCCUCUAUGACCUAAACCACUCCUUCCUGUGGCUGACAUUCUCAGGACAGAGUGAGGAUGAGUUACUGGGCCAUCUGGAGAUUGUCAGGGAGGGGGCUAAGAGAACGGGCAUGGCCUGGGCACACCGACGGGCAUGCUUCCUACUGGGGAGGCUCUGCGCCAAGAAGCUCAAGUACUCCCAGGCCCGUGUGUAUUACGAGGAAGCCCUUGGCGUCUCUGUUGAUGGUUUCUCUGACCUCCCUCUCCUCAUCGCCCUCUACACCAACCUCACAGCCAUCUACCUCAAACAGAAGAUGGCCAACAAGCUGCCCCCGACCCUGGAGAAGGCCAGUGCUCUGCUCCUCUGUCUCCCCAGACACACCUUCACCUCCCUGGAUGAGUUUGAGCUGCUGAUGCUGGUGCUGCGGAGGUCUGUGGUGGAAGGGGACAAACACCUGGAGGCACGGGUCUGUUACCUCACCGCCAGCCUCUUCCUCCUCCUUAGAAAGAUAGAUGACGCCCUGCCCUUCGUGGAGCGCCUCCAGUUCCUCACCGUUACCCUGUCUGCUGAGGAGGGGCGCCCCAUCGCCCCCCUGGACCUCAACUGGCUCCUGUCCCGGCUCUACCACCGUAAAUACAUGCCCUACCUGGCCCUGGCAUCACUCAGCCUUGACUCUGGACAGGAGCACUCACUACAGGACGCCUUCCACAGGAUAGAAUUGUUCAGCAGGAACUCGGUGCGUCUGAAUCCGCGAUGGAAAGAAGGGACGUCUCUUCUCCCCGCCCAGAUCGUGGUGUAUCUUCAGCAGGCUCUGGCCAUUGCGGAGCGGGGUGAGGACCUUAAGACCCAGAGGGACCUGUGUCUGGGCUUGGCCUGUGUGUACCAGCAACACGGCGCCCUGGUGAAGGCCCUGCCCUGUGCCCAGCAGGCUGUACAGACGGGGGGAGGUAUCAACGAGGAGGAGGGGUUCGAGGCUUCAGUACUGCUGGGAUGGUUGUUAGUCCUGACGGGAGAGCCUGAGAGGGGACAGCACACCCUGCAGCCACUACUGCAGUCUCUACAGGGAACCGACAGCCCGACCCAGAGGGGAGUGGUCCACAACCUGCUGGCUCUGUGUCUGCGGCGACAGGGUCGCAUCGCAGAGGCCGGAAGCCACCUCCACCACGCCCUCACCAUCUCCAGGGAGAGUGGCAACCAGAGGAACCAGGCCCUGGCCCUCGCCAACCUGGGCUGCCUGGCACUGGGCGUGGGGGCACCCACACUGGCAGAACGAUUCCUAUUCAGGUCUCUGUGGUUGUUCCUGGAGAUCUGGGAGAGUCCCGUUGACGAGGAGCACGUCCAGACAUACCUAUGGCUGGGGCGGAGCUACAAGGACAGGGGGAGGAGCCAGGAUGUCAGGCUGUGUUUUGAGAUGGGCCUCCUCAUAUCCCUCCAGGCCAGGAAUCUCCAUAGUCAGAUGGUGGUGGCUAAAGUCCUGAGUCGUCACUAUGCCGACGUGCUGCUGUAUGGACAGAGUAUCCUCUACUAUGAGCACUGUGUGUCUGUGUCCAGGGACCUGAAGGACAAGAGACUAGAGGGAGAAUAUCUAGAGAUCCUCAGUAGCCUCUAUCUGUCCCUCAAUACUGAGAAAUCAUCAAGGAAGUCUCUGGACUACAGUAAGCAGAGUCUGCGUAUCUCCAUUGACUUGGGGAAGAGAGAGGAAGAGUCAGAGACGUGGCUUCAGGUGGGACGCAUCUACUACCUCAUCCAUGAAGACGAACUGGCGGACAUGUACCUACAGGCAGCGGUGAAAACAGCCCUGAGGAUGAAUGACCCUCGCUUCACCAUGAGUAUCUACGAGGAGGCAGGAGAUAUCUUCUUCAAAGGCCACAGGAACAGACUGGCGUCACUGCCCUUCUACAGGGACGGCAGUCUCCCGUUUGCUCGGAGCAUCCAUGACGUCCACUCAGAGUUCAGACUGCUGAGUAAACUGACUGAACUACUGAUGACCCAGGAAGAGUAUGAAGAGGCUCUACAGUACGCCAUUCUGGCUGUACAGAUCAGUACCAAAACAGGUGUGUGUGUGAACGAGCGCGCAGCGUACCACCGUCUGGCUACAGUGUACUACAGUCUGGAGCAGUAUGAGAUGACAGAGAACUACUAUCUCAAGUCUCUGUCUCUCAGCCCUGCUGUACUGCAGCACCCCCUGGAGGCUAGAUACUACACCAAGCUCUACUGCAGGCUGGGGGACCUGACCCUGCACAAACUAAAGGAUGCCUAUGACUCGGUGGGCUACUUCCAGCUGGCUCUAGCUGCAGCCCUGGAGGACCGUGCCAACCCGCAGGCGCUGUAUGUGGUCUACAUGAAGCUGGCAGAGAUCCAUGCCAACCAUAUGCCAGACCCACUGCUCUGCCAGGCUUACAGGGAAAGAGCACAGAGCCUGAGGAGGGAACUCUCUGGGCUGGAAGAGAUAGAUGGGAGGGAAGGAGAGACAGAGGAGUGGAGAGGAGAGAUGGAGGGCAAAGGAGAGACAGAGACAGAGGGAAGAGAAGAGACAGAGGGAAGAGAAGAGACGGAGGGCAGAGGAGAGAUGGAGGGGAGAGGAGAGACAGAGACGGAGGGAAGAGAAGAGACGGAGGGGAGAGGAGUAGUAACAUGUGAUACAGACCUGGAGACGAGAAACACAGUCAUGGAGGAGACCGAGCCAGAGACUGGAUGCAGUGAGCAUGCAGAUGCUAUCCCCAAAGAGGCUAUUGACAUGGACAGUGCACAGAGCCUGAGUUUGGAGCCUGCUGGACUACAGGACAUGGAGGGGAGAGACACAGAGGGACAACACACAGGACUUGGAGACAUGGAGAGGGGAGACACAGAGGGACAACACACAGGACUUGGAGACACGGAGAGGGGAGAGACAGAGAUAGGACACCCAGACACUACAGAGAAACAGCAUCCAGUUACCAAAAAGAGAGAAGCAGAGACUGAGACUGGAUGUGGUCACUCUAUCGUUGCAGAAGCAAAUUCCAAAGAUGCUAACUGUAAGGACAGCAGUCACACCAAUGCAGAUAACCAUGAAGCCGAUUCUGAUGUGUUUAAAAUAGACAGAGACACCAGUAACUCAAAUCCAGACAAGAUCCUCCCAUGGGCUACUCACAUAGACCAAGACACUGACACUACAGACACAAGCCCUUGUCAAGCAGACGUUGAACACACACAGAAUGACUAUACAACAACAAGCAGUGCAUUUGUAGACACUACAAUAACAGAGGACACUGGCAGUGUAGACCGAAUACCUUGUGACCCUAACAACACUGAGACUAUGCCAACAGAAACAUGCAUCAAACAUAGCGACUCAACGGCCACAGACACAGAUACAGACACACCCUACAAAGACAGCCCUACAGACAGCAGUCACACAGACACAGAUACAGACAUAGACUCCUUUCAAAGACAGACACAGAGGUAACCCACAAAGACAGCCCUACAGACAGCAGUCACACUAACACAGAUACAGACAUAGACUGCUCUCAAAGACGGACACAGAGGUAACCCACAAAGACAGCCCUACAGACAGCAGUCACACAGACACAGAUACAGACAAAGACUCCUCUCAAAGACAGACACAGAGGUAACCCACAAAGACAGCCCUACAGACAGCAGUCACGCAUACACAGAUACAGACAUAGACUCCUCUCAAAGACAGACACAGAGAUAACCCACAAAGACAGCCCUACAGACAGCAGUCACACAUACACAGAUACAGACAUAGACUCCUCUCAAAGACAGACACAGAGGUAACUCACAAAGACAGGCCUACAGACAGCAGUCACACAGACACAGAUACAGACAUAGACUCCUCUCAAAGACAGACACAGAGGUAACCCACAAAGACAGCCCUACAGACAGCUGUCACACAGACACAGAUACAGACAUAGACUCCUUUCAAAGACAGACACAGAGGUAACCCACAAAGACAGCCCUACAGACAGCAGUCACACAGACACAGAUACAGACAUAGACUCCUCUCAAAGACAGACACAGAGGUAACCCACAAAGACAGCCCUACAGACAGCAGUCACACAUACACAGAUACAGACAUAGACUUCUCUCAAAGACAGACACAUAGGUAAGCCACAAAGACAGCCCUACAGACAGCAGUCACACAGACACAGAUACAGACAUAGACUCCUCUCAAAGACAGACACAGAGGUAACCCACAAAGACAGCCCUACAGACAGCAGUUACACAGACACAGAUACAGACAUAGACUCCUCUCAGACAGACACAGAGGUAACUCACAAAGACAGCCCUACAGACAGCAGUCACACAGACACAGAUACAUACAUAGACUCCUCUCAAAGACAGACACAGAGGUAACCCACAAAGACAGCCCUACAGACAGCAGUCACACAGACACAGAUACAGACAUAGACUCCUUUCAAAGACAGACACAUAGGUAACCCACAAAGACAGCCCUACAGACAGCAGUCACACAGACACAGAUACAGACAUAGACUCCUCUCAAAGACAGACACAGAGGUAACCCACAAAGACAGCCCUACAGACAGCAGUCACACAGACACAGAUACAGACAUAGACUCCUUUCAAAGACAGACACAAAGGUAACCCACAAAGACAGCCCUACAGACAGCAGUCACACAGACACAGAUACAGACAUAGACUCCUUUCAAAGACAGACACAAAGGUAACCCACAAAGACAGCCCUACAGACACGGACAUGUUGUUGAUGUUGAUUGUGCAAACAGUAACGUUAGAAAGACAGACAGACGCUGUUCAGCCACAGACUGAGCAGGAUGAUGAUAGAUCUGUUCACACCCUCACAGACACUCUCCAUAAAGAUAGUAUCAGUCCUACAGACAUCACACAGACAAAGAUGUCGGCCAUCUUUACUAUGGUCUACUGUAGCAAUGACAGUGUGUUUUUUUAACAUUAAUAUUAUGUCUGUAUGUAAUUAUGAAUGCGUAACUUUUCUGUAGUUUACAUGCUCUGUAUAUUACAGAGGUUUAUCAAGCUGUGUAAAUAUGUAGUUUUUAUAACUGAAUUAAAGUUAUGACUUGA